AUGGCUGCCGUACAUGUGAGGCAGGGUGUGGUGCAGGCCAGCCCCAUCAUGUUUGCACCCCCUGCGCCUGUCCUCCACCAGCGCGUGCCAUCCCCAGGCGCACCCGCGGUGAGGGGACACAGAGCUAGGAGCAACUCACCGGCCGCUGCCUGGGCCGAGACGGCUCAAAGAGCACGGCUCGUGGCAAAGGCGCAGGCAGAUGUUUGCGUUGCGGUCGCCCGGGCAGCAACUGGCCCCCAACACCAAAAUGGCAGCCCGAAGCAUGACUGCUCCCCGCGAAUACUUCAGCAGCCUGCAGUCGUGGCACACAAGGUCGUCCGGCAGCAGUCGUUCUCUCCGCGGGUUGCCCAAAGGGCGCUGCAAAGAGCUGCAUCAGCUCCACCGGCCCAGGAGAACGGUCUGUUUCAAGUAGCUGGAGCUGCGACGCCCGCUGCGUCCCCUUACACCGGGCACCGGGCCGUGAAGGGCGCCCAGCCCUCGAAGCCCACGCACGCCACACCCCGCGGCCUGCCCCAGCCAUCUCCCGGCCGGCCGCCGGUGCCGGGCUGCGUGAGCCCCGCAAGCCCAACAAAGUCGCCGGCCAGCCCAGGCAGUCCUGGCGGCCCAGGCAGCCCUGGCGGCCCAGGUAGCCCGGGCGCCAGCCCGGGCGGCAUUAAGCGUGCCUCCUCGGCCUAUCCUCGCAACAUCUUCGGCAUGGAGCGGGCUCCUGCAGGGCGCAGGACCCCGUCGCACACGCCCACAGCAAGCCCGCUGCAGCACCACCGGGACGUGGCGAUGGUAAAGGCCUCCUCCACUCCGCGCCUGCCGUACCGCAACGUGCGGGAGCCGUCGCCUUCGGGGCAGGUGGGCGUUUCAGUCGGGGUGGAUAUAAGCUUGGGGUUUAGGGUUUAG